UAGCGCCCCAGAAGUCCGCGUUGAUGAUGUUUCCAAUUGUUUCCUCGUAUAUAUAGCGUCGUCCCAGGCCUCUCACCUAUCCAUUUGGCCCCCUCUCUUCACAGCUCGCCAGUCUCAUCCAUCCAAAUCACCUGCGUGUAGACUAUACAUAUACUCAAGUACACCAUCCGGCAGCGUCUCCGUAGCCACUCCUAGAACUCAUCCUCAAUGGCCCCAGCUGCCAUCAUUCCCCCGGCCAUCGAGGUCAAGCGAACACAACUCGAGCCCACGAGUAACAAGAGGAAGAUUGUGUGUUUUUCAGACUUUGACGGCACCAUCUUUAUGCAGGACACAGGCCAUGUUCUCUUUGACAACUUUGGAUGCGGCUCCAAGAGACGGCAGGUGCUAGAUGAGCAAAUCAAGAAUGGCGAGCGAUCAUUCCGCGAUGUCUCAGAAGAGAUGUGGGGGUCACUCAACGUCCCAUUCGACAACGGCUUCGAGGUAAUGGAGGAGUCACUCGACAUCGACCCAGACUUCCGCGCCUUCCACGCCUUCUGCCUGGAAAACUCCAUCCCGUUCAAUGUCAUCUCGGCGGGCCUCAAGCCGGUGCUCCGCAAGGUCCUCGACACCUUCCUCGGGGAGGAACAGUCAAGUCACAUCCAGAUCGUCGCCAACGAUGCCGCUAUCACCGAAGACGGCUCAGACUGGAAGGUCAUCUGGCGGCAUGACACGGAGCUGGGCCACGACAAGGCGCUGUCAGUACAAGAGGCACGCGCCGCCGCAGAGGCCGAGCUGGCCGACGAGGAUGGAGUGAUUCCCCUGGUCGUCUUUAUCGGCGACGGUGUCUCGGACCUGCCCGCCGCCAGGCAGGCGGACGUCCUAUUCGCACGUCGGGGGCUGCGCCUGGAGGAGUACUGCCGGGAGAACGACAUCGCAUACGUCCCCUUCGACACGUUCGCAGGCAUCCAGACCGAGCUCGCCAAGAUCAUCGAAGAGGACGAGAGGAAGACGGCCGGCAGGGGCUUGCCCGCGCGUUUCAACCCCCGCGCCAACAUGUGGCGUCGUGUGUCGAGCAAGUCUGCCGUCCCCAGACUGGUUCUCAUGUCGCCUACCAAGGAGGAACGCAUGUUCCUGUGGCCCGAGGCCUUUACGGAGCUCAAGACCCCGGCCCUGGACGUCACGAGGGAGCUGGGUGUGGUUGGGGAGGAGCAAGCCAUCGCUGUGCCGGCUGCUUAGGAUGUCAUCGUC